AUGACGACCACCAUUCCACGAGAUAUUCUCGUUCAUCUCUUUCAGUAUCUAACCCGAAUCAAUGAAGUAUACGUUUGCACGCAAGUGUGUCAGGCAUGGUACGGGCCGGCUAUCCGUGCUCUAUACUUGCUAGACGCGAAACAGGAGCGCCGUGCGAUGAAGCUUGCUUUGGAAGAAAAGAAUGCCCCUGCAAUUGUAGAGUGGACCCAGUUGACUCCGGGCUACAUCUCGCGGCUCUCUGAGCUCCGGAGCGCCAUCCGCUACGGCCGCACCAAGUUUGCAGAGGCGAUGCUCAACACGCCAAUUAUAGUCGAGAUAUGGCGGCGGUCCGGCCACGAUAGCCAGAUUUUGCUGCUGGAAGCCUGUCUACGAAAUAAUCUAGACAUUGUCCUUCGACUAUUGGAAAUGCAAUCAUCGUCUGGGGUUACCUGGGACUACACGGAUUGUAGCCCACUCGUGGCUGCCUGCGCUGUGCACAAGGAUUCAAAAACACCAAGAGUCCUGUACCGAGCAAGUAACCAACUCUCCGAAGCUUCACUUCAAGAAUUCCUCCUUGCAUCAUACCUCCCUGGCCAAAUCUCCCCCCAGAUUGUAUCGGCCCUCCUUCAAGCCGGUUACCCUGCAAAUACGCCGCCCGGGUCACCAUCUCAUCCCCUUCAUCUUGCUGUCGAUGCUGAAGACGAGGGGAUGGCCAGUCUUCUUAUUAAGCAUGGUGCAGACGUCAAUUUCAAGGCAAUCAACGGGUAUACACCGUUAAGUGUAGCUAUUUGGAUCGAUUCAUGGCCCAUGAUUCAGCUUUUAACAGCCCAUGGUGCCGAUUGGCACUUCCUCACUGAUGCAGGCAGCAACGCACUACAUAUGACCAAGUCUGUUGCUGUGACCAAAGUAGCGUUGGAAAAAGGUGUGCCUAUGGAGGCUAUUCGGCAUGCUCCUCCUAAAGUUGGGCGGCCUGCCAUUGAGGUGACGCCGUUGAUGAGAGCCUGUGAGCGUGGCAUUUCGGAGGUUGCCAUGUUUUUGAUCGAGCAAGGCGCCAACAUUCAUGUACAGAAUAAAGGAGGUUUCACUCUGGUGCACUCUGCUGCUUGUGCUGGCAUGGUGGAUGUUCUCAAGGCUGUGCUUGACCGGGGACUAGACAUCAACGGACUAGACUGGAAAUGGCGGUGGUCAGCUCUGCAUCGCGCAGCAUCACUCGGGGACGUGGCCAUGGCAGAAGUUUUACUCUCACUUGGCGCAGACGUCAAUGUGCGAUCCGGGAGGAGGGGUACUCCAUUUCUCCUUGCUUCAACAGAAGCAAUGAUACGGCUGCUUGUAUCCCACGGGGCAGCAGUUGACUGUCGCAUGUCAACAUUUGUGUUCACGCGACUGCAUGCUUUGGCUGGCCGAAAUGGGCUUCAAGACAAGGACUUGCCCAUCAUGGAGCUACUUCUCCAGCUGGGGGCUAGCCCCAACACUAUAGGCAGGCUAGAGAGCUCGCCGGUUUAUCUUGCUAUCCGGAAUGGAACAACAGCGGUUUUGAAGGUUCUUUUAGCGUAUGGAGCGGAGGUCGACAAGCCAGGCGACGUCCAAUGGACGCCACUCAUGUAUGUGUGUGCUAACGGAGGAGAUAUUGCUAAAGCCCGACUUUUGCUCGAGGCUGGCGCAAAUGUUAAUGCCAAGGGUUGGCCUCGUCGUCCUCCUCACAAAGAAAAAUGUAUCACGCCACUGCUACUUAUUGCUGAGUUGCCGCACUCUAUGGCAGCCAAGUCUGAUCUCGUCAAGUUGCUCCUCGACGCAGGGGCUGAUUUGCAGCAUACAGCAACUUACCUUUCGAAACAGAAGCUAGCCGAGCUGGUAGACAUCUUGCUUCAACUUGGCUACAAAUCCGAGGUGGAAAUGUUGCUUAGUUUGAACGCAGAGACGUCGCAAGAGGCACAGAUUUCAACAUGA